CCGGCCCAAUGGGUAUAUGAACCUAGGCCUAGGCCUAGGGCCAUCAUAUUUGAAGGGCCACCUAUUUUCUAAUGGAUUUUCUUUAUAAAUUUGAAGGGCCACCAAUUUGAAGGCCCAAAUCUUUUAUCUGUGAACAUAAACCUAAUAACGCAAUGGCACUCAUAGACGUUUGAAAGCACGUGAUGUGGUCAUAGAAGCCAAAGCGGCGACCGUCUCUGAAACGUUUAAGUUUACAAUAUGGAACUGAGCAAUGAGAAAUCAAAGUAUCAGACACGCAAUAAUCAUGGCAUCAGGACUCUGCAUCGCUAGGUAACAUUUAACAACCGACGGCUCAGUUUUGCGAUUUUCACUCUGCUCAGUUUUGCGAUUUUCACACUGCUGUGCUCACUCUGCUCAGUUUUGCGAUUUUAUGGUUGCCGAUUUAAUCUUGUGGCUCUCACUCAGGAUUUCUGCAGGCGCUGUCCUUUAAGUUUAAAAAUUACACUCUAUGUUCUUUAUGUUUGCAACCUAUAACGGGCGGUAUCCUUUCUCAUAAACCCAGUUAUCUUUUAAUGUUAAAACCCCAUUGUCUCUCUCGACUUCAAACAUGAGGGACCUUUUAUGUAAAAAAGUGAAACAUUCAAAAACAAAACAAAAGCAGCGCCUUCAUCUUCUACAUUAUCCGGCCGGAUUUUCCGGUGACAAUUCCGGCAACUACGAAACCGCCAAUCGCGCUGUUUUGUUCCGUUCUUUUUGUGUCAAAACUUAUCUCCACCACCAACGAAUCCAUAUCUCCAUUCUUAUCCCAAAAAACUCGUCAUAUAUGGGUUAUCUCUAAGAAACCGAUCCUCGCAAAUUUUGAAACGAUCAUGGUUAUCUCUUUAUCGUUACAUAUGUGUAUAAAUAAACGAUCUCUAACGCCAUUCCGAAUCUACACAACAUCAAUACAACCUUCAAUUUCUCUAUUUCUUACCCUGUAAUCACGCCGGAAAAGCAAACUCCGGCCAAACCUUCUAGUUCAUCGAACCGAGCUCAACAUGUGCUGUCAUCAAGUAUAUUCCCGGCAAUACUUUCUCGUGCUACGAUCAGGUUCUUGACACCACCACCAUGAUUGGUGCGGUCCCACCGUUAGCCGUGCGCCGUCACCAAUUGGUGGUGGCCGGCUGUUUAUCCAGGGAGAGGGAGAGACGAUCGAGAGUAAGGAGAGGCAGGGGGUAGAGUUUUUCUUGAGUUUGGGUGAGGUUUGCCGGAAAACGGCUGCCAGGAACACCAAUGGGUGGUGGCCGGCUGUUUAUCCAGGGAGAGGGAGCGACAAUCGAGAGUAAGGAGAGGCAGGGGUAGAGUUUUUCUUGAGAUUGGGUGAGGUUUGCCGGAAAACGGUUGCCGGUCAUCGCCGGCUCCGCCGUGUCGUAGACGGAGCUCCACCGGUGGGUGGUUGGUUGGGUCCGGCUGCCGGAAUUCUUUGAGGUAGAGAGAGAGAGUUAGGUGUGGUAUGUGUAGAUAAAGUUUGAAAAAUGAGGAAAAGAUAACGUUAUGAGCUUUUUAUAUGUGUUUCACUUUUUUACAUAAAUUACUUGAAGUUGAGAGAGAUAAGGGGUUUUAACAUUAAAAGAUAACUGGGUUUAUGAGAAAGGACAUCACCUGUAAUAGGUUGGAAACAUAAAGGACAAAGAGUGUAAUUUUUAAACUUAGAGAAAAGCGUCUGCAGAAACCCUGAAACAUAAAGGACGAAAAAUGCAAUUUAGCCUAAUAAUAAUUAGCAAAACAUACUAGAUUUAUUUCACCAUUAUUUUUUAAUAAAUUAUAAAAAAGAAGUGUUAAAUUUUUAAAAGUUUGUUAAGAAAAAUGCAACCACCACCUUGAUAUCUCGUCUCUUUCAUCCAAAUCUAAAGCAACUAAAACCCCAUAAUCAAUCAAUCAUACGUCCAUUGAAACUCAAAUAAACAUCAAUUUGGACCCACAAUUAUCACCACCUUUAAUUGGAACAGAAAAAAAAGGUAUACCAAACAAACAAAAACAAAUCCAUUUUCAUCUUAUUGUCUCCGAAAAUAAUUCAGUUUUCUGAAAAAUUUGUGACAUCUUUAUUCAGUAUUCUAUCUUUUACCCUCCUCCUUCUGCCCGGGGGUCUCCCCGAAAUCUGUCGAUUCGUUUGACGGAUUUUGGGGGACUCAAUCUCAAACUCAAUCUCAAUGGGAUGUGUUAAUUCUAAAAAUAUUGCUAACCCCCGUAUUCGUGAUCCUCCCGUGAUCAUUCAUGAUGCUUCUGAUUCGUUAAAGGUGCAUAAAGUUGAGAAUCGUCGUAAAUAUUUUCGUCGUAAUGGUUUUAAGCCGUUGGAGGUGAUUAAAGAGGAAGGGGAAGGUGAAAAAACUGGCAUUAGGAAAAUUGUUGUUGAGUCUUCGAAUCCGAAUUUGGAUAAUAAGCAUUCGAAUGGGUCUAGAAGAUCAAGUGAAGGUGAACAGGCUGCGGCUGGUUGGCCCGCGUGGCUUAGAGCCGCAGCCGGUGAUGCCAUUGAUGGCUGGCUCCCUUUGAAAUCGGAGAACUUUGAGCGGUUGGAAAAGAUUGGACAAGGUACAUACAGCAAUGUCUACCGAGCUCGUGAUCUUCAAACUGGUAGAAUAGUGGCACUCAAAAAGGUGCGGUUUGACAACUUUAAACCCGAAAGCGUAAGCUUUAUGGCUCGAGAAAUAAAAAUUCUCCGAACGCUUGACCAUCCAAACGUUAUGAAAUUGGAGGGCAUAAUUACAUCAAAGUUAUCAUGUAACAUUUAUUUGGUUUUGGAGUAUAUGGAACAUGAUCUCUCUGGACUCCUGUCUUGUCCACAUGUCAAGUUUACCGACUCACAGAUUAAAUGUUAUAUGUUGCAGUUAUUAAAAGGGAUUGAACACUGCCAUUCGCGAGGAGUGUUACAUCGUGACAUAAAAUCUUCGAAUAUUUUGAUUAAUAACGAAGGUGUAUUAAAGAUUGCGGAUUUUGGUCUCGCGAAUUUCUUUGAUAAUAAAAACAAGCAGCAGCUGACAAAUCGAGUAGUGACAUUAUGGUAUCGUCCACCCGAACUUCUUUUGGGGUCCACGAGUUACGGGCCAUGUGUUGAUAUGUGGAGUGUGGGCUGUGUUUUUGCUGAGCUUUUUAAUGGCAACCCGAUACUGAAGGGGAGGACAGAGUUGGAACAAUUGCACAAGAUAUUCAAGUUAUGUGGGACCCCACCGGACGAGUACUGGAAGAACGCACGGCUUCCGCUUGCAGCAAUGUUUAGAUCACAAUGUUCUUAUGAAAGCAAUAUAAGAGAAAGAUGUAAAGAACUCCCGAGAACCGUAGUUGACCUUAUCAACACACUUCUUUCUGUAGAACCUGAGAAACGUCCGACUGCUAGAUUAGCCCUUCAAGCCGCGUACUUCUAUACAAAACCUUAUGCCUGUGAUCCCGCGAGCUUGCCUACAUACCCUCCGACCAAAGAAAUCAAUGCAAAGUUCCGUGAGGCAGCACCGAGGAAGACGAGUGGUGGCAGAGUUCGGGCAUCUGGAUGUUCAAGAAACGCGAGAAAAGUGCGUAGUUAUAAAAUGAUUCCAGGGGAUAGGAACCCGUAUCUCCUUAGAUCGCGAGAUUAUGUCAACUCAAAAGCAGCAUACGAUACGGUAUCAGGAGUUGCACAAACAGCUGACAGCAUUGGCACAGUCCCUGCACAAGCCAUGGCAUCGCAUCGUAGUUAUACGUGGGAUACAACAAGGCAAGAUCAUUUGCAUAGACAUCAACAUCUUAUGCAGCCUGAUUUUUUGAAUUCUAGUCAAGCAUACAACCCUCAGGUUUUAUCAUAUGGCCAUCAAGAACCCGAACUGUCUGGACACACGAUAAUGUUAGAUCAGUUGCAUAGCGCGGAUGUGAGGCAGCUCGAGUAUUACAUUUGUGCGGGUGUUCAUCGAUCACAUCCUUCUAGAGAUGCAGUAGCCCAUGAAAAAAGGGUAAGAAGAGAAGGGUAGAAGAGACAUUUGGAAGUUGGAACAAGGGUAGAAGAGACAUUUCAAUUGAAGGCAGAAUACAUGAAUAUAUACAGGGUUGGGUGGAUGGUUCUAUGUUAACAUGAAACAUGAGUUCAAAUUUUGUGUAAAAUCUCAAAUAUAUCCCUUUCUUUCAAGCCCUGAUAUGUUUAUCAUCUGUAUUUUCUUUCUUUUCAUCAUUUUUUGUAUUGUUUGCAUAUGAUAUAAAAGAAAUCUUCCACUUG